CUACCACGGAUAGUCCCUCAUAUGCGCGUGGCCCUCGGCGACCCGCAGGCAUAUUUGAGCUGGCUGGUUUUUAGAACCCUGCCUGGUGCAGCAGGGUCCUCUGCAGCCCCAGGGUCAUUUUUCCACAAUGUCAUUUCUCACUUUAACGGACCUGAGACUUGUUUCUUAAGAAUAAGCGAAGCGAUCUGGGGAAGCCAGGGGGCGGGCGACACUGGGCCGGCGCCGGCUGGAGCGCCCGCAGGGGCGGGCCGGGGUUCGGGGCGCUGCCCGCGGUGACGCGCGGCCCCCGCCCGCCGCAGCGACACUGCGAUGGUUGAGCCGGGCCGUCGGACGCCGCCACCCGAAGCCUGAUCGUGGGGAACCUUGGUGAGUGAGAAAAUGUAGCGGAGUGGCACCUGCCAAGAGCUUGGCGUGGAUACCCUGGCCCAGACGGAGCAGCUGCCCCUGGGCGUCUUUCUGGCCAUCCAGCCUCACCAUGUCAAAGAAGGGCGCAGGCAGCCGGGCCAAGGGGGACAAAGCAGAGGCACUCGCCGCAUUGCAGGCUGCCAACGAGGAGCUGCGAGCCAAGCUCACGGAUAUCCAGAUUGAGCUGCAGCAGGAGAAGAGCAAGGUCAGCAAAGUGGAGCGGGAGAAGAGCCAGGAGCUGAAGCAGGUGCGUGAACACGAGCAGCGCAAACACGCGGUCCUGGUCACCGAGCUCAAGACCAAGCUGCACGAGGAGAAGAUGAAGGAGCUGCAGGCAGUGCGGGAGGCUCUGUUGCGGCAGCACGAGGCCGAGCUGCUGAGAGUCAUCAAGAUUAAGGACAAUGAGAACCAGCGGCUGCAGGCACUGCUCAACACCCUGCGGGAUGGCGCGCCCGACAAGGUGAAGACCGUGCUCCUGUGCGAGGCUAAGGAGGAGGCCAAGAAGGGGUUCGAGGUGGAGAAGGUCAAGAUGCAGCAAGAGAUCUCAGAGCUCAAGGGGGCCAAAAAGCAGGUGGAGGAGGCCCUGACGAUGGUCAUCCAGGCCGACAAGAUCAAGGCUGCUGAGAUCAGGAGCGUCUACCAUCUGCACCAAGAAGAAAUCGUCCGCAUCAAGAAGGAGUGUGAGCGUGAGAUCCGCAGGCUGAUGGAGGAGAUAAGAUUUAAAGACAGAGCAGUCUUCGUGCUGGAAAGAGAGUUAGGGGUUCAAGCCGGGCAUGCCCAGAGACUGCAGCUCCAGAAAGAGGCUCUAGAUGAGCAGCUUUCCCAGGCCAAAGAGGCUGAGCGGCACCCAGGCAGCCCCAGACGGGAACUUCCUUAUGCAAGCGGUGCAGGAGACGCCUCAGACCACUCAGGAAGCCCUGAACAGCAGUUGGAUGAAAAGGAUGCCAGGCGCUUCCAACUUAAAAUCGCGGAGUUAAGUGCCAUCAUCCGCAAACUAGAGGACCGCAACGCCUUGCUGUCUGAAGAAAGGAAUGAGCUGCUGAAGCGCUUGCGGGAAGCUGAAAGUCAGUACAAGCCGUUGCUGGAUAAAAACAAGCGGCUCACUCGGAAAAACGAAGACUUGUCUCACACUCUGCGGCGCAUAGAAAGCAAGCUGAAAUUCGUUACGCAGGAGAACAUCGAAAUGAGGCAGAGAGCCGGAAUCAUCCGGAGACCCAGCUCCUUAAAUGACCUUGAUCAAAGUCAAGAUGAGAGAGAGAUCGACUUCCUAAAGCUCCAGAUUGUGGAGCAACAGAACCUCAUUGAUGAGCUUUCCAAGACCCUGGAGACGGCAGGCUAUGUGAAGAGCGUGUUGGAGCGUGAUAAGCUGUUGAGGUACCGGAAACAAAGAAAGAAAAUGGCGAAACUCCCCAAGAAGCCAGUCGUUGUGGAGACCUUCUUCGGAUAUGAUGAAGAAGCUUCCCUGGAAUCCGAUGGCUCUUCCAUUUCUUACCAAACUGACAGGACAGACCAGACCCCAUGCACCCCUGAAGAUGACCUGGAAGAGGGUAUGGCCAAGGAAGAGACGGAGCUGAGGUUCCGGCAGCUGACCAUGGAGUACCAGGCAUUGCAGCGAGCCUAUGCCUUGCUGCAGGAACAAGUCGGAGGGACCCUGGAUGCAGAGCGAGAAGUUAAGACCCGUGAGCAGCUGCAAGCAGAAAUCCAGAGAGCACAGACGCGGGUGGAGGACCUGGAGAAGGCGCUGGCUGAACAGGGGCAGGAUAUGAAGUGGAUCGAAGAGAAGCAAGCGCUGUAUCGAAGGAAUCAAGAGCUUGUAGAAAAGAUAAAACAAAUGGAGACGGAGGAGGCCCGGCUGAAACACGAGGUCCAGGAUGCAAAGGACCAGAAUGAGCUGCUGGAAUUCAGGAUCCUGGAGCUUGAGGAGAGAGAGAGGAAGUCACCUGCCAUCAACUUCCACCACACGCCUUUUGUGGAUGGGAAGAGCCCCCUGCAGGUGUACUGUGAGGCCGAGGGUGUAACGGACAUCCUGGUCACGGAGCUGAUGAAGAAGCUAGAUAUCCUGGGGGAUAACGCCGUAAGUAAUCUGACCAAUGAGGAGCAAGUGGUUGUCAUUCAAGCCAGGACAGUCCUGACCUUGGCAGAAAAGUGGCUCCAGAGGAUUGAAGAGACAGAGUCAGCGCUCCAGCGGAAAAUGGUAGACCUGGAGAGCGAGAAGGAGCUGUUCAGUAAGCAGAAAGGCUACCUGGAUGAGGAGCUGGACUACAGGAAGCAGGCGUUGGACCAAGCCCACAAGCACAUCCUGGAGCUGGAAGCCAUGUUGUAUGAUGCCCUGCAGCAGGAAGCCGGGGCCAAAGUGGCCGAGCUGCUGUCAGAAGAAGAGCGCGAGAAGCUCAAAGUGGCCGUGGAACAGUGGAAGCGCCAGGUCAUGAGCGAGCUGCGAGAGCGCGAUGCGCAGAUCCUGAGGGAGCGCAUGGAGCUGCUGCAGAUUGCGCAGCAGAGAAUAAAAGAGUUAGAAGAAAGAAUAGAAACUCAGAAGAGACAAAUAAAGGAGCUGGAAGAAAAGCUUUCAUUCUCUGGUCAUAGCUGUGCUUGGCACCCUGAGCUGCCCUCUGCAGAGGUGGACCCUUGUCCUCUAACGGGACCGGAGAGCAGCAGGUGCCGGAGAAAGCGUGGGAAGUCGGGUCUGGACACUGGCACCUCCGGAGGGUUUGGGCUCUGUCCCCUGCCCUGUGGAGGAUGAGGGCAGAAGCCCUGUGAGCUGCAGUCACUGUCCACUCGGGGCGAGCCAGGACGAGAACUUACCUUGCUGACUAGGGCUUCUCUAAGAGAGGCCCAGCCUCGGCUCCUGGGUCCUGGCGACCUUCAGCCCAGAGAGUAGGCCUCAUCCCAGUCACAGCGAUGUAUAAUGUUCCCUGCCGUGCAGGGGGGAAGAACUGCUCCUAUGCUGGAGCCCACACUGAACACCCCCCCACCCCGUUCCCAUAGUGACCAUCAGUAGUCUUGGAAGAAGAACUCAGUCCUGGCCAGACUUGCCCCUAAUGGCAGGAUGAAGGCUGUGGUCUCAGUGGUGACCCUGGGUGUCACACUGAAGUCACUCACUGUGGUCCUGAACACUUGCUGAUGAACAGAUUCCAUGCCCAACCUUGUUCUGUCACAUUGGUGUCUCUGUGAGGACAGAUGAGUUAUUACCCACCCCCGCCCCCCAACUGGCUUCCUCCCCUACCCCCAGACACAAAGGCUAGACCUAGCCUGGUCUGCUGGCCAGGAGCACAGUGGGAAGACGAGAGGAGAGGCCACAGAGUGGAGGCCCCUCCUGGCCUGGAAGACCCUCAGCCGGUGGGCCUAGGCUGAGAACUGCCAGUGGCAAGGGCAGAUGGUGAUGUCCACUGAAGAUGGCCUCGUCCGGAGCCUGUGUACACAAGGAGCAGGGUCCAGGUGAGAAGGUGAAAAGAAGAUGCACCCAAGGUUCUGCAAACUUCAGAAGGCAGCCACCGUACAAUGGCCUACAGAGAGAAAACAGUGCAUCCAUGAGGACGGUUCAAGUGAGAUUUCCAUUAUGCUGGCUGGUCCAUCCACAGCCCAGGAAAGUCUUCCCUUGUGUGGACCAGACUGCAUCCCUGGUUGGAGGUGGCUCUUCUGCCUCAUCACAUCCUUGCUAGUCUAAGGUUGUCACCCUCUGUACUGAAGUUAGGAGGGUGUGUGUAUGUGUGUACAUGUGUGUUCAUGUGUGUGCUUGCUCAGUGAGAGGUCAGGGAAGGGAUUAGAGCCCUUUCAAAGCACUGGGUAGUGAGAUAUGCAGGCAGGUGUGACUGUUACACUCAGCAUUGUAUAUUACAAAGCCCAGUAGCCAGGGGGAGGAAUGAGAAGGUUGUCUGAAAGUAUUAAGUUCAUUGUAUAUUUGUGUCAGGAGAAAUGUUCCAGUGUGGUGCAGAUGACCGAGUGGUUAUAAACCCCUAGGUCAAAAUCAGAGGAAAGCUUACAGGAUUGGACACACGGGCCUUUUCUUCAGUGGCUGCAGGAUUUCUGCCAGGAAAUGCACUAAGUGCACUUGGUCCUUCCUUUUGCCAUUCAUGCCAUGGUUCCUGAUGUGCGUGGAUAAGGUUCUGGCCUCGUCAUGGCUUCCCUAGCUGAGCCUGACAUUGGGUUUGGCCUUUGAGUCUGAAAUCCUCAGCCCCGAGUGCAUGCUGUUGUUUGAUUUAAGUGACCGCCUUCUCUUGGUCCAUUUGCUGUAUUCUCAGUCCUGAAUGGCAACAACAGCCUGUAUUAGCAGUGCUGUCCGAUCUGUAGGUGAGGUAAACUGUUGGGUUAGAGACUGAGGGACGGUACAAUACAGGCAUCUAGAAACAACUGUCUCAGUUCCAUGCAGCUCCCUGCCCAGCUGAGCUCCUGGCCCAGCUCCAAGUGAACUCGCAAGAGAACAGUAGCUGAUUGGGAACAAAAAAGUUGCACUGGAAACUUGCCCCACCUCACAUCCCUCUGGUUUAGUUGGAUCAUGGCUUUGCAUGUUGUGUGUGUGUCUGGAAUAACUUCAUAAUACCCCUGACACUCUAAAUCACAGGUCCGGGAACUUUGGUUUUGUUUGUUUGUUUGUUUUUGUUUUAAAGAAGGACUAUACAAGACAGAGAAGCAUGUAAAUAGGUACCAAUGAUCAUGAAGUCAUUAUUGUUUAUGUGUAAAGUAUAUGUACAUAGAAAGGAAAAUGACUCAAUGAAUGUUAGAUAAUAGCCCACAAACCAAACUGCAUCUCCACCUGGCUGUAUUCCUGAAAGCACAUGUUGAGCCGGGAGGCUGUACUCUCUUUAGAUCUCAUUGUUUUUAUCCAUGUGUCAUAUGCAUCUUCUUGUCACAUGAUCCCAAAGUCAGAUCUGAACUUUGGGGAGGGGUGGGCGGUGGACAUGUGAGCCUUUGUUACCGAUUCUUGCUGCCAGUGAGCACCUGAAGAGCUCAAGCAUUUCAAAAGUAAGGUGCAUUUUCUAAAUCCCAGACUGAACCUUUGACCCCACGUGCUGGGUUAGAGGGGCUUCCCUCCCACAUCUGAGAUCUUGCUGCUAGCUCCUAAAACAGGACAUCCGUGUGCCAUGGCACUGCCCCGGUGAAGCAAGAAGGGGGACCCUGACAUGUCCCCCAGGGACUCAAACCGUGUCACUGAGGUGUGGGCCUGGACUUCAUGUUGCGUUAGGUUGUCAGCCCGCCAGCUCUGUGUGCACGGCACAGAACGGCAUAAGCAUUUUUGUUUGUCUAAACUAGAAAUCCACAUAAACCGCAGAGUCCUUUGUGAACAGCCACAUGGUGUCUACUUCGUUCCUAUGGUCUAGCGUUCUGUUGCAGAAGGCCUAUGGCUGUGACUUAAGUCUCUGCCCUCGCAGACUCUGUAGCCUUCAGGAAACCUGAGUGCCUUACAUGGCUUGGAAACACCAACUGGGAGUCGGGAGGGAGGGUGGAGAGCAGCCUCAAGGCACUGACAGUUGAUCAGCUCUUGCCAUCACUCCGUCAUUGAACCCUUGAGGUGGGUUGUGUGUUAUAACACAGUGAUGGAUUUAAGUUUAGGCUCAGGAAAAUCCUAUUGUGAAUAUAUGUAUCAAAGCAUAUAUUUAUUGUAUCUUUUCUAAAAAGCUUUAUUGUAAACUUAUGCAAAGAGGAGCAGAACUUGGUUUCCUGUGGCAAAGUGCCAGGCAGUAUUUGUGUUCAAUGAAACAGUCCUUAACACCCCCCUCUAAACACGUGACCUUUCCGUUCAGUGCUAAACAGUAUUCCCAGGCUUAAACUAGGUUUGUAUGGUGGUCAAUUACAAAUUUUACACAUAUUUUUGUAUUGUGGUUCCUAUAAUAUAUACCAGAGACUUUUUACUUAUUUGUAAAUUAUUGUACAGUUUUAAUAAAACUUGUUUUAAAUCCUA